GCUUACAUGUACCUGUGCAAAUUAAUGGGUACCGGACUCUCUAUCAUAGAGGACUCUCUGUCAAGUCACACCGGCCCACACCUGGGCCAGGUUAUCACAUCUUGAUCUGAAUGAAGUAAGCUAAUCUGUUUGCGGUCACUUGGAUCUCAAUGAUGGCCUUAAUCGAAUAAGUUUCAAAUACAGCCGAAAAGGGGACGUCGCCCAGCAGCGUUGAGUUGAGGAUUUGCGUGUGUAACAAAUGGAGGAGGCAACUGCCAUCAGGCAAACCUGCGGUAUUCCUCUUUUAUAUAGUGCAGUUUUGUCAUAUUUGUGGUUUUCUAUGAAUUACACGAACGUAUAUGGAGGUGUCAGCUGUGACCCAAAAGGUCUAUGUAGUGACUUCACGCAUUCAAUUUAUGAAGGUCACAUUCCAUUAGUAGUCAUGCCGCUGUCACUAUCGGUAUGACAGUGUAAAUAGUGUGUAUAUUUAAGCUCAGAGUCCAGGAACAGCUUGGAGUCUUUAAGCUACGUUUGGGCUCUGCAAGUGAUGCCCAUUAGCAACGAGUACACAAAAGAUGAAUGUAUCAUGACCGCUGCCUGGACUGGACUAAUGAUGGAAAUGAGAGGUCGAUCUGCACCCCUGUCGAAGAGGAGUAUCCCAGGGGCGUUGCUGAAUGUGAUAUAUUUAUCCGGUUUUUUAGACCUGUUCGGAGUUAGCUUAAUUCUUCCGUGGCUUACCAGUUAUGCAAAAGAUCUAGGGGCGUCUGCCACUCUAAUUGGAAUGCUAGGCUCCUUAUAUGGUUCACUGCAGUUUAUCUCUGGCCCUGUCUUAGGCAAGUGGAGUGAUGUUUCAGGUCACAGACAUGCACUGAUUCUGUGUCUCAUUCUCUCAGCUUUUGGAUACUUCUUAUUAGGAUUUUCUUACUCACUGGUAUUUGUAUUUCUGGCGAGAAUUCCAAUAGGUAUCUUCAAGCACAGUCGUACCAUUACCAAAGCCUACAUAACUGACAUUGUCCCUAAAGAUCACCAGUCAGCAACAUUUGGCAGAUUUAAUGCAGUGUGCUCUAUUGGUUUUAUUCUGGGUCCCCCUGUAGGAGGUCACAUAGCAGAACUUCCUGGUGGGUUUCAGUUAGCAGCUAUGCUAGCUGGAGGGAUCUUUCUUUUAAAUGCAGGAAUGCUAUGGUUUUGUGUUCCUGAAGUCAACUCAAAGCUCAAGUCAGUGGCAAGUCUAGAGGUCACAGCAACACAAAGUAAACUGGAUAAUAAUAAUGAAGAGACCACAAAAUCACUUGAAUUGCAACCUAAAGUAAGAAGGGUAGCCUUCAGUCCAUCUAAGCUUCUAUAUUCAUUUAAAUAUAUUGACUGGAGGAAUCUAUGGGACAUUUUCUUGAUAAGAUUGACAUUAGGUAUUGGGACGUUGCUUUACAAAAACCACUAUGCUCUCUUCUUGAAAGCCAGGUUUAGUGCUUCCCCAAGCACUGUUGGAUAUAUGAUGUCCUACAGUGCAAUAGCAAGUGCUUGUACUGGUUUUGUUAUAGGAAACAUAGCAGAUUGGUAUAAAGAUGACAGAAAAUUGUUACUUCACUCAACUUUCAUGAUGUUUAUAUCAUUUACCAGCACUGUUUUUGUCCCAGAUUUAUUUUGGCUGCUGAUCAUUGUAACUCCAUUGGCAUUCAGCACAGCCAUUUCAAGAAUUUGUGUAACAAGUCUCACCAUACAGAAAGGUCAUCGGCAUGAUUCUGGGGUACUGCUUGGUUUAGGGCAGAGUUUUACAGCCAUGGGAAGAAUAAUAUCUCCCACUUUAGCCAGCCUCUCCUCUGAAAUCUCAGUUGUAGCACCAAAUGUUAUAUCAGCAGCAUGCAGUUUUAUAGUUUUUAUACUUAUGGUUAUUUUGUCAAGGAAAAAGCAAGUAGAAGUAAAUGAAAAAAUCAAGUAAAAUGUCAUAAUAUUUCAUGAUUUUUAAGAUACUUUGAACAAUACGGUAUAUGGUUACCCUAACGUAUUGAACUGUCAUUGCUGUUUAUGCAUGGGGGGAAUACAUGUAUGUGUUUGAAACAAUGAAAAGAAAUCUACCUCAAAUAAAUUUAUGAUUUAAAAGACCUGCAAGUUUUGAGGGACUUUGACAAAUUAGGAUUUAUUUCUUUAUUGGUUUAGAAAAUACAGAAUGUAUUAUGAGACAAUGCUGUCACAUCAAAAAUACAUCGGAGGUGAAUCUUCAAAGUUGAUGAUGUUGCAUGCAGUUGUGUUCAUGGGUCGAUAUCUUAAAUGUGGAUUUAAAACAGAUCUACCUCACUUGAUCAGCUAUCAACACCACCUAUUUAAUCACGGCAAUGAGGAAUUUUUGGAAACUGAUGACAACAGUACCUUAGUACACAUAACAUGGAGAUUCAAAAAAGUAACAAUUUUCCAAUAUGAGAGACAUAUAUUAUAAAAGGGAGUUUUUGCUUAAAUUUUUUUUAUUUUUAUUUUGUUUGCACAAGUAAUACAAAAGCUAUUUUGUGAAAUGUAGGGCUUGAUGACAUAUUGAGCCCCCUUUAAGAUCCACGAUGAAUAAUUAUAAUGAAUAAUAUUAUUAUAUUUUUGUAUUUAAACACAUUUUUUUCAAAGAAUUUUUACUGUGAUCUGAAGUUGAUGUAAGUGAUGCACCUU